GUGUCUUCGAAUGAAAGGGGAGGUCUCGCAUGGGUUUCCUUCACUCCCGCAAGUGCAGAUGUGGGCGACUAUGGAGUGAGAGAGUCCUCUCAGAUCACAAUCUCUUGUCUGCUUCGCAGGAGGAAGGAUGCCUUUUAAGAGAUGAGUGCCAACCAGGAGGACCAUGUGAUCCUGUGUCAAAAAGCUAUCGGACUGGUCAACGAAUUGUGUAACAAGAACGUUCUGGAGGAUGAAAAGUGUCUGGAAUUUGUGUUUACCUCCUCGGGUCAAAGUCCCAGUGUAACUGAGUCAGAUAUCUCGGUCAGCUUGCUUGCAGUGAUACUUAUUUUCUGUGGACUGGCCCUGGUGGCAGUCUUUCUUUUUGUGUUCUGGAAACUCUGCUGGGUGCCCUGGAAGAACAAGGUUCUCUCUAACACCUCCGUUCCUGGGGAUACGGUCAACGUCACUGCCACUGACCAGAGCAAGGAGAUGACGGACAAGCCCAAGGAGUCCCCGUCCAUGAGCUUCUUGGAAGCAGCCAUGAAGAUCAGCCACACGUCUCCCGAUAUUCCAGCAGAAGUCCAAAUGUCAAUGAAGGAUCACAUCCUGCGCCACACGCGAAUACAGAGACAGACAACAGAGCCGGCCUCAUCUUCCAGGCACAGCUCUUUUAAGAGACACUUACCAAGGCAGAUGCACGUGUCGAGUGUUGAUUUCAGCACUGACUCCUUACCAUACAAAGAACAAGCCACAAGCAUUGGACGGAUCAAACCUGAGCUCUACAAACAGAAAUCCAUGGACUCUGAAGAUACAAAGAAGGAAGCUGGGAAAACCUGCGGGAAAAUCAACUUCACACUAAAGUACGACUAUGAGAAUGAAAUGCUGAUUGUUACAAUCCUCAAGGCUUUUGACCUGCCUGCAAAGGACUUUUGCGGAAGCUCGGACCCAUAUGUAAAAAUCUACCUUCUACCUGAUCGGAAAAGAAAGUUCCAGACACGGGUUCAUAGAAAGACACUCAAUCCUACAUUCGACGAAAGUUUCCAGUUUCCCGUGUCAUAUGAUGAACUCACCAACAGAAAGCUACACUUGAGUGUGUAUGACUUUGACAGGUUCUCUAGACAUGACAUGAUUGGGGAGGUGAUUUUAGAGAACCUGUUUGAGGCUUCUGAUCUCUCCAGAGAUACCUCCAUCUGGAAGGAUAUUCAGUAUGCCACAACCGAAAGUGUGGACCUGGGGGAAAUCAUGUUCUCUCUCUGCUAUCUGCCUACUGCGGGGCGCCUGACACUGACGGUCAUCAAAUGCAGGAAUCUCAAAGCCAUGGACAUCACUGGAUAUUCCGAUCCAUACGUUAAGGUUUCUUUGCUAUGUGAAGGACGGCGACUAAAAAAGAAAAAAACAACCAUAAAGAAAAACACAUUAAAUCCGACUUACAACGAAGCAAUUAUCUUCGACAUUCCUCCUGAGAACAUGGACCAGGUCAGCCUGCUGAUCUCAGUCAUGGACUAUGAUCGUGUUGGGCAUAAUGAGAUCAUCGGAGUUUGUCGUGUGGGCAUCAAUGCUGAAGGCUUGGGGAGGGACCACUGGAAUGAGAUGUUGGCAUAUCCACGCAAGCCAAUUGCCCAUUGGCACCCAUUGGUGGAGGCUGUGAGUGAAGGCACACUUUCAGGGGAAGGAAGCGGUUGUGAAGGGUAUAGUGGUACCUCCUGCCCAUUGCUGUGGCAAGGCCGCACUGCCAGCUUUGACAGCCAAGGGUCUUGUCCAUCUCCUAAGCCUCCAUCAACACCAUGA